GAGAAAGCGCAAACCCCGAGCUCCAACUGUCAAGCUGUCCUUUAUCGUCGCUUGUGUAUCAACAUUUAUCGUCCUUCUGAAAAAUGUCGACCAGGGGAUGUUUUCCAGCAGUUUUUUCAUUCACAAGAACGUGAUUGCAUGUUGCAGGAUGUGGAGGUGUUCCCAGCCCUCUUGUGCACCUGUUGCGAUGCGUGCUACUGCGCGCAUGUCCAGGAGAAGGAGAUGCUGGCUGCCUCAGUGGUUUACCACAAGGCGGGCCUACUUCAAACUGCUGCUUCAGUCCCUUUUCUAUAACUCCGUCACGGACUCUGAUGUGCUUUUUGAUACAUUGUUUACACCACUGUUUUGGACCGUGGACUACUUGACACGCUGGUUUGGUGCGGUGUUUGUUUUCAUGGUGGUACUGCUGACCUGCUCCAUCCUGGUGAUAGCCUACGUGGUCCUCCUGCCUAUCAUUCUCAACACGUACUCCCCUCCAUGGAUUGCUUGGCACCUAUGUUACGGACACUGGAACAUCGUCAUGAUCGUUUUUAAUUACUACAAAGCCACCAAGACCGCCCCGGGAUACCCUCCUCUUGAAAAAAAUGGCAUGCCUUUUGUGUCCGUCUGCAAGAAAUGUGUCAAUCCCAAACCAGCUAGAACACAUCACUGUGGUAUCUGCAACAGGUGAGUCCAUGUCAUUGCAACUGUCUUCUAGAUUCAAAGUCCUACUAAUGUCAAAAAGUAAAAGAUGCUUUAAUAUAAAUUGAAUACAACUCAUAUUGUUUAUUAUCAUUCUCAUUUAAACCGCAAUAAACCCGUCUUUAUCGCUCGUAUUUGGUUCCAGGCCUGACCGUGGUAAACAAUACAUUUCUGCAAAGAAGGAAUUAUUAACAAUACAUGUACUAUUUUAAUCGCUAAAGCAUAUAACACGUAUUUACGACAUUCUAAAUAUGUUUUUUUUUAACAUUACGAGAGCCCUCUCGACAUGAAAUAACCCUCCACCCAUUUACAAUUGUGUAACCCAAUAUUGUAAUGCUGCCUGACCCUGAGCCAAUCAGUGGCCAUGACACUGAACAGGGUGCUCUGAUAGCUUUGGUGUCAUCUAGCGACAAAUACUACCGUGGUAUUGAUAUUUUUUGUUGAUUCGGCCAUUUUUAUGUGUGCAAAAAUACAUAAAGGAUGCUAAAAAAAAAAAAAUAAAAAAAAUCCACGUUCGAGUGAAGCUGCAAACCUCAAAAUGCGAUGUGGCGAGGGACAACUGUAGUUAACAUAAUUACAAAUACAUCAACAAUAUGUAUACAUUUAGUAUUAAUAAAUGUUUAAAUAAAUUUACAUUGCUAUUUUUUAUGUUUAUUGACUAGAUAUUUAAUUUUGCUCAAAAAAAUAACUCUGACCAUUUAGGGAAUAGGUGUCAAACUCUGGCCCGCCGCGUAAUUUCAUUUGGCCCUUGAGGCAAUAUCAAAUUAACAUUAGAGCUGGCCCGCCGGUGCUAUACAGCGGUGCCGCUAUAACACCGCAUUCACCGAUUCCCCGGGAGACUCUCAAAUUUCAGUUCCCCUCCCGAAAAUCUCCCGGUGCAACCAUUCUCCCGAAUUCCACCCGGACAACAAUAUUGGGAGUGUGCCUUAAAGGCACUGCCUUUAGCGUCCCCUACAACCUUUCGUCAAGUCUGUUUUUCCUCCUCACAAACAGCGUGCCGGCCCAGUCACGUUAUAUAUGUGGCUUCUACACACAUGUGAGUAAAUGCAAGGCAUACUUGAUCAACAGCAUACAUGUCACACUGAGGGUGGCCAUAUAAACAACUUUAACACUGUUACAAGUAUGCGCCACACUGUGAACCCACACCAAACAAGAAUGACCAACACAUUUCGGGAGAACAUCCGCACCGUAACACAACAUAAACACAACAGAACAAAUACCCAGAACCCCUUGUAGCACUAACUCUUCCGGACCACUACAAUAUACACCCCCCCUCCCCGCUACCAACAAACCCCCCUAACCCCGCCCACCUGAGCCUCGACAUUAACUGAGCAGUAAAAAGGCCUGACUGGUUAAUUUAUUCAUUAUUUUAUUUUCAAAUGUAUUAGCCUCUGGAAAAAGUUAAUGUUGAUAUUUACCUCAGAAGGCUGCAAAUACAAGAGAGGCAUUCAAUUUUUAUUUAAAUUUGAUUUGAUAUGCCAUUGCUAUUUUUUAAUUAUUGUUAUUAUUAUUUGAAACUCAAUUUUGCAUGUCACUAUAAAGUUAUAUAAGCCUUGCUUCUUCAAUAUUCAAUGAAAAACUCGUUUGGGUCCCUAUUCAAUCAAUCAAUCAAUAUUUGCUU